GCCACAAGACAUUUCUCCUUUUGCCAUAAUAUCUUCUGCUCAAUUCCCAACAGAACCCACACAUAUUCUGCCUCUUUUUAUCUCUUUGAACGUGCCAUUCUCCUUCAUUUGUUUCUUUCCUUGUUAUUUAAUUAGUUUUUUUUCUAGAUAUUUGACUUGCAUCAAGUUAUUCCCACUUCAAGCAAAGAUUUGGGGAUAAUGGUGAAUUUGGGGUUGUUUUCUGAGAUCAAGCCCCUACUAUCAGUGAAUGUGAGAUUCAGGAUACCUUAUUAUACUCAGUGGGGUCAGAGUUUGGUUGUGUGUGGCUCUGAACCGGUUCUUGGUUCGGGAAAUGUGAAGAAGGGCCUUCUUUUGACCCCUUUUCAUGAAGGUGAUGAGCUAAUAUGGGGUGGGAGUUUGGCUGUUCCAGCUGGGUUUCAAAGUGAGUACAACUAUUAUGUAGUGGAUGAUGAGAGAAAUGUAAUAAGAUGGGAGGUUGGAAAUAAGAGGAAAUUGGUGCUUCCUGUUGGAAUUGAAAAUGGAAAGGUGGUGGAGCUUCAUGAUCUUUGGCUGAAUGGUAGCGACAGUCUCCCUUCUAAAAGUGCAUUCAAGAAUGUAAUCUUUCGCAAGAGUAGCAAAUUGGCUAUUGAGAAACCACUUGGCACGAUUCAAAAUAAGUUGGAUGAUGAAGAUUCAAUUAUCCUCCAGUUCAAGAUAUGCUGCCCAAAUAUAGCAGAUGGAACAUCAAUAUAUGUAAUUGGCAGCUCCGAAGAGCUGGGGAGAUGGAAGGUUCAUGAUGGACUAAAACUCAAUUAUGUUGGUGAAUCUAUUUGGGAAGGCGAUUGUGUUGUACCAAAGGGUGCUUUCCCCUUAAAAUACAAAUACUGUAAAUAUGGGAAUAAUGGAAAUUUCUCUCUAGAAUAUGGUUCUAAUCGGGAGAUAACAGUUGACAUCUCAGCCAGUGGACCAAAUUACCUUAUUCUUUCAGAUGGCAUGAUGCGAGAAAUGCCAUGGCGCGGUGCUGGUGUUGCAAUUCCGAUGUUUUCCGUGAGAUCAGAGGAUGAUGUAGGAGUUGGAGAGUUUCUUGAUCUGAAAUUAGUUGUUGACUGGGCUGUUGACUCUGGAUUCCAUUUACUCCAGCUUUUGCCAAUAAAUGACACUUCUGUGCACAAGAUGUGGUGGGAUUCGUAUCCAUACAGCUCUCUCUCCGUAUUUGCAUUGCAUCCACUAUACCUCAGACUCCAGGCACUUUCAGAAAAUAUACCAGAUGAUGUCAAUCAAGAGAUACAGAGGGCAAUGAAAGAGCUCGACGGAAAGAGUGUAGAUUACGAGGCUACUAUGGCUACGAAGCUUUCAAUUGCCAAGAAGAUUUUCGAUUUGGAGAAGGAUUUGAUACUAAAUUCUAGUAACUUCAAGAAUUUCUUGACUGAGAAUGAGGAAUGGUUGAAUCCGUAUGCAGCCUUUUGUUUCUUACGAGAUUUCUUUGAAACUUCAGACCACAGCCAAUGGGGCACAUUUAGUCAAUUUUCAAAAGAUAAGCUUGCAAAGCUUGUAUCCAUGGACAGCUUCCAUUAUGACAUCAUACGCUUCCAUUAUUAUAUACAAUACCAUUUGCACUUACAAUUGUCAGAAGCAGCAGAAUAUGCAAAAGAGAAAGGGGUGGUAUUGAAAGGAGAUCUCCCUAUAGGUGUUGAUAGAAAUAGUGUAGAUACUUGGGUAUAUCCAAAUUUGUUCCGGAUGAACACCGCUACUGGUGCCCCUCCAGAUUAUUUCGAUAAAAAUGGGCAAAAUUGGGGGUUUCCCACUUACAAUUGGGAAGAGAUGUCUAAAGAUAACUAUGCUUGGUGGCGUGCUCGUCUGUCACAGAUGGCAAAUUAUUUCACGGCCUACAGGAUAGAUCACAUAUUGGGUUUCUUCAGAAUCUGGGAGCUUCCGGAACAUGCAAUGACAGGUCUAGUUGGAAAAUUCCGACCAUCUAUACCUCUUAGUCAGGAGGAGCUUGAAAAAGAAGGAGUAUGGGACUUUGAUCGAUUGAGCAAACCGUAUAUUCUGCAAGAGUUUUUACAGGAAAAAUUUGGACCUUCGUGGAUAGUCGUAGCUUCUCAUUUUAUGAACGAGUUUCAGAAAAAUCGUUAUGAGUUCAAGGAUGAUUGCAACACGGAGAGAAAGAUUGCUGCCAAGCUGAAAUCACUUGUCGAGAAGUCCUUGUUGUUGGAAAGUGAAGAGAAAUUGCGUCGUGAUCUCUUUGACCUUCUGCAGAAUAUCGUGCUUAUUAGAGACCCCGAGGAUCCUAGAAGUUUUUAUCCUCGUUUUAACCUAGAAGAUACGUCAAGUUUCAGGGAUUUGGAUGCACACAGCAAAAACAUCUUCAGAAGAUUGUAUUAUGACUACUAUUUCCAACGGCAAGAGAGUCUUUGGCGCCAGAAUGCCAUGAAGACUCUGCCUGCUCUCCUAAACUCGUCGGAUAUGCUAGCAUGUGGAGAAGAUCUAGGCCUAAUUCCUUCUUGUGUUCAUCCUGUUAUGCAGGAACUGGGAUUAAUAGGAUUACGUAUUCAACGUAUGCCAAGUGAAGCUGAUUUGGACUUUGGCAUUCCUUCUCAAUAUGGCUACAUGACGGUAUGUGCUCCGUCAUGCCACGAUUGUUCUACCUUACGUGCAUGGUGGGAAGAAGAUGAAGAAAGAAGACGUUUGUUUUUCAAAACCAUGGUGGGUUCCGACAGUUUGCCACCGAAGCAAUGUGUUCCAGAAAUAGCAUAUUUUGUCCUGCGUCAGCAUGUGGAAGCUCCAUCAAUGUGGGCAAUUUUCCCUCUACAGGAUUUGCUAGCAUUAAAAGAAGAAUACACGACACGCCCUGCGGUAGARGAGACAAUCAAUGAUCCUACGAAUCCUAAGCAUUAUUGGCGAUUCCGUGUUCAUGUGACAAUGGAAACCCUGUUGAAGGAUGCAGAACUUACAACAGCGAUUAAAGGACUAGUUUGCGGGAGUGCAAGAUCGUAUCCUGGUGAACAAGUGCAAAAUCUCUCUGCUGUUACAGAGAAGCAGCAAGAAAUUGGAAUCAAGCAGGAGAAGAUUCGUCUACCGAAUCAAGAUCCAAAAAUUACAAGCAUAGCAGUUCUGUAAACGAUCCCACUUGGAAUCUUUGGAAGCAAAUGGAUCAUCAAUGGCUGUUAUGUGUUUAUAAGAUGGAUGUCAACCCAAAUGCUGUAAUAAAAGCUGUAAAUCUUUUCUAGAAUUGUUUUAUUUGAACUUGUUGAAUAAAAUGGCAAAUCCAUGUGAAUGUGAAACUGGAUUUUGAGAUGUUGGUAUGGCUUAAACUAACAAGUGUCCAUAAAGAAAUAUCAAUAUAUUGGGUUCAAUUUUUUAACUA